AUGGACUCAACUGUAACCACUUUCACUUCAGUCUAUGGUAAACUUGUUUCUUUAGUUCAUGACCACGUUAGUGUUUCAGAGCAAAUACACCAAGCGGAUUCCACCACAACAAAUUAUCCAACAGUGGGAGAGAAAGACGAAGUAGAGAAAACUGUUGCAGAUUUAUUUAACUUGGUAGAUGAUCCAGUUGCUACUAUCCUUUCGACCCUCCUACUGCUUACGCUUGAAAGCGUCUUUCUUGCCUUGGGGGGAGUUCAUUCUGUGUUAUGUUCUUCUUCAGCACAACUUCCCCUGAACUUUGGAGGCCUUAAAUUUGACUUGCUCUCAACAGCAGGGAAAUCGAACCUAUUCUACCAGAUUUUUAAUGGUGUAUUUGAUGACCAGUUUGCUGCAAUGGAUGCUCUUCUGAAUGGGAAAGAGUCCUUUGCGCUUCAGGUUCUUUACCUUUUCUUUCCCAAGAUGAUGCAUGUGGAAAUCUGUGCGUGGUUAAGCAGCACUUGCCGCUUUAUCUCCAAUUCCAGUCUCACACGCAAACCAUUGCAGGAGUAUGUAUAAGAUCUUUAUAAUUAUAAACUUGAGGUUCUAAAAUCCAAUAGAACUUAAAGAUGACACGAAAGGGAAGUUUAAGUGAACUGUGAUGCUAAUAUUUUAUGACCCAAUUGUUUUGAAAACAGAUUUAAAGA